GCUUGCCAGCUCGGUACCUCUCCGUCACAAGGCCUGGGAAACCAGAACGUCCAGCCCGGAUUUUGCACACUAGUACUGCCAUCUCCACAGACGCUGCUAUCUCGUCCUGUCGAGCUAGUCCUGCAGCUGACUUGGUUAGCCGCUCGCCCUGACCUAGUCAAACCAUCUCUCGACCAGCGCCGCCGCGGAAACUCCCAUUUGUCGCCUCCUUCCCCUCGCCACUUGGCUGCGCCGUAACGGCUUCAGAAAACGACGAGAGAUCCAAGGUGGGAGUCACGCCUCGACCCUCCAUCCUCUUCCCGCUGCAACACCAGCCGAAGAAGGAGGGAGAAAAAAACAACCACCCCCAGCCACUGCGAAUCAGAAUUGGGCAUUUCCUCGACUAGGGACGGCACAGGGCGGCCAGUCUCGACUCGAACGCGAAUAAAAAAGCAAGCAAGACAAACACGCUGCUCAGUGGCCAAAUCGAAGAAAGAAGGAAGCAGGAAAAAAGGGGCGCGGGGAUAAGCGACAGACAACACUGACCAGCCGCCAGCCAACCACGGUGCCUGGCCUGAGACCUACCUCCACAUCUGGACGAAAAGAAACGACGAAAGCUCUCCGGCAGUGGAGGGUCACCACCACGGCUCCGAUUCAACGCCGGAGGGGGCAACAGCGCGCCCUCUGAGAGCGAGAGGCACCCGACACCCGCCUUCUUUUCUGCCUCUGCUCCUUCCCGCCGCGGGCCACCGAUAAAAGGGACGGGCAACGGGCCAGAUGCGUUGACAUGGAGGGCUCGUCAACCCCUCUCGCCGACUACUUCUGGAUCGCCGGCAUCGAGUCCAUCUCCUACGGCGAUGCCCCGGCCCCCCAGGCCACGAUCCAGCCGCCCACCGUCGAUGAGACCAUAACCGAGGAUGGCGAGGCCGAGUCGGCCAGCGAGGCGGCGAAUCCGCCCACGACGAGCCGGCCCGCCGCCGCCCGCCACUCGCGCCAGAACUCGGGCGGCACCAGGCUCUCCAAGAGCAUGUUCGAUUGCUUCGCCAUGGAGUUCUCGCCCCUAGACGACAACAACGACGCCGGCUUCACAAAAAGCAACAGAAGCAGCGCGACUAUCCGCCCUGUAGCCGGCAGCCCUUUGUCGCCCACAUUCAACCUGAGCCUUAGCUUCGGCACUAGCAACGGUAUCGGGAACAGCAGCAACGGCAGCAGGAACACGGAGAGCAACAGCAACGGCAAUGGCAACGCCGCCCCUAGCUCCAACACAACCCCCAAUCUCAACGGCACCUCCAACGGCAAUGGUGUCGGGCUUUUUUCUCCGCCAGGAGAACGCCGCAACUCCGGGUACGACUUCGACUUCGACAAGGCCCUGUUCAAGUUCGCCUCAGAGCGCGAGAACUUUCUCGAUGACUUGAGCUUCAGCGCCGGAGCCAAGCUGCAGACGCGGCCACCCAUGGUGAACACGCGGGCCGAGCGGAUCAAGGCCGAGGACGCCAUAGAAAGCGGGAAAAUGAGCCCACUCAAGAGCAUCAAGGGUAGUAUCCGACGCAAAAUGAGUUUUAGGGACAUGAACAGUGUGAGGAAGCAGUCUCUCACGCCGAGGCCUCAAGCCGCAUCGAUCCGCACAGCAAAGCGUCUCAGCAACUACAACUCGGUCAUCCCGCCACCCGAGCCUCUCAACACCGACCCAGACAUGCACCCCCUGAAGCGCCGAUUUGAGCCGACGUUGCUGGACAGGUACCCGCCCAAGGACGCGUCCGACGAGGUGGUACGCAGGGGCCGCUUCCCAGACUACGUCCCCAUGUUCGCCUUCCCCAACGACAUCCAAGUCGUGUCUUCGGACGAGCGCCCACGGUCCACAUGGCACGGCUUCACCAUGACGGCUGAGGACAACAGCAAAAUCUACGGCAUUUCCAUCAUCGUUUGGACCGCGGUCAAGGUCGACAUUGCCGAGCAGAUCGAGAAAAAGUGCGAACAGUGGCGGCGGAGCCACAUGUCCAACGAGGAGCGCGAGUUGGCGGCGAGCCUGGGCAACCGACUGGCCGCGGAGCGUGCGCAUCUUUCGCAGCUUCUCGCCGAGCUGCCCGGCGCGCCGUCGGGGUCUUCGGAUCGUGAGUCUCUGGAUGAGGAGAUCAGCGUGGUCGAGGAAAAGAUCGCGCUGAUGGCGGAGAUGUUGCGGCCUUUGAGACACGGCGCCGCCUCCAAGAUCGAUGGGCUCACGGCCGGAGAGAGCGGGCUGUGGACGCCUCGGGCGUACGGCAUCCUGGGCCGUGACGUAACCAAGAUGGGCUUCUGGAAGGAGUGGUUGCGGGCCAUCAUUGUGCCCAUGACGGACGGUGCGCUGUUGCGGGUGCCACCAAGCUCCCCCCGCGUCGGGCGCUGGCAGCCAUUGGAGCGUUACGUGGUCAACCUAUGCACUGAGGCCUUCAGCCCCACCAGCUCCAAGACGCAGGUCGAGCUGGGGGUGCGGGAGCUCCGCAUGUUUGCCCGCAACGAGGCCAUAAACGAGCUGCCGGGCUCGCGGAGCACAGACCUGUAUGCUCUCUUCCGUUGCCUCUCGCUCGAGAACGUCGUGGCCGUGUUCGAGUAUGCCAUGUCCGAGUCGCGCAUCAUCUUCAUCUCCUCCCACACGGCCAUGCUCCACCUCGCCUGCCACGCCAUCGCCAACCUUCUCUACCCGCUCAAGUGGGCCAGCGUCUUCAUCCCCGUCCUCCCGGCCCGCCUGCUGCAGGCUCUCGACGCGCCCUGCCCCUACAUUAUCGGGAUAGAAAAGAGGUACGAGAACAUCGUCCUUCCUGACGAUGACUACGUCCUGGUCGACCUGGACAGGGACACGGUCGAUGCCACGGCGCAGCCGAUCCGCUUGCCGCGACAGAACCGCCGCAAGCUCAUGUCGCUGCUCCAAGCCGCCGCUCCGCACGCGUUGAGGUACGGCGUGAACCAGGGGCCUCCGCCUUAUGCCGUCGAGUCGUUUCCGUACGACGGAUUCUCGGCCGAGAACCCCUCGCUCUUCAACUCGACUCCGCCCAAAUCCAGCCUCAACAAAUGUGUGUCUCAAAACUCGGCAGCGUUUGGCGACGCCGACCCGUUGUCGCCGCACCGGCCACCGCUGUUCAACGCGUUUGUGCAUUCCAAGAACGAGCUGUCCAAGGCGGAGCCGCCGGGAACGGCCAGAUCCAGCAAAAACAGUCCGCCAUCGUCGCUCUCUCCCGUGUCGACACACUUCCCGCCCAUGCCCACGACGCCUGUGUCGAGGAGCGACUCCGGGUUUGCCGGCUCGGCGGUGCUGCGCGAGAAGCGGUCGACGCACUUUGACGAGAAGUCGCGGCGCAGCUCCUCGUUCGGCGUGGACCUCGGGCGCGGCCCGCUGCACAAGCCCAGCCUCCCCAUACUCAACGGACACGCUCAGAGCCUUUCCAUCUCGGCCAUCUCGAUAGACUCGCAGUCGUCGUAUGGUGGGUAUGCGCCGUCCACGUACGCACAGUCGACGUUGGCGGCGUCGACGGUCAUGCCGCAGAUGCUCAUGCAGCCUGUGCAUAGCACCGAUACCACCAUCUGGGUUGAGGGCCACUGCUUCAACUGGGCCCCCAGUGAGGCGAGCCCGACGUGUGACAUUUGCGAGGACCGCUGCGAGGGCGAGGAUCUGUUCAAGUGCGCGGGUUGCAACUGUGUCUCGCACGGCCGCUGCCUUUCGGUGGCCUGUCUAGUCUGCCCUGCCGCCUUCGACGCCGACCGGGUGCGCGCCGCCUUCGUCAGGUGUCAGGCCAGCCUGCUGUAUACGUACCGCAAGUAUCUCCUCCGGCCGAGCAGGGAACAGAAGGCCAACGGCCAGCUGUCCGCCUUUGACAUGCAGGGUUUCAUCAGGAGCCUGCCACACGAGCAACAGGAGUACAUAGUGAUGAUGAGGGAAACUCAAGCGUUCAACGAGUUCAUCCACGAGCGGGAGCGCAUACCUCCCAGCAAUCCUGAGAUCAGGCUCUUUGACGAGAUCAUACUUGCAAAGAAGGCGCGCGGCCGUCCGGCUCUCGGCUCGCUCUCGCGCCUGUCCAUGAUUCGGGCGUCCCAUGUGGCGUCUGGCGCGGGCCACCUUCUUGGGGCACCCAGGAUUUCCAUAGGCUAUCUGGGAGACACGACAGACCAUAUCUGGCGGACGGCGUCGGUGCCGCUGCCCAUUGCCAAGUUUCCCGGCGACUACCGAUCCGUCGUCACCCGGAUCCCCACGAGGCUCGACCCUUCGCUGAUGAAGGAACCACGGGCCAUCCAGGGUGUGCCGAGGUCAGAGCAGCGUGGCAGUCGGGGUUUGAUCCGGAAACAAGUCCCCAGCACAUUGAGCGCGACUCCCCAGAGCCCUGGCUAGUCUUGUUGUUUGUUGAAGUUGAAGCCAAGGUCAUUUGUUUUCUGCCUGAAUGCUUUUGCCUUUGCUUUCCUCGUCUUCACACUUUUCCCAAAUCGCCAUGGCCUGGUCCGCAAUCACCCUGCUCUUAAUGUUGGAAAGUUCUUUUUUUUUUUUUUUUUUGGUUAUAGUGAACCCCCCAAUUGUCAUCCCUCCAGGCUGUUGUGAAAGAGGCAAUCCACUGCCCUUGUGGCUUUGUUUAAUGGCCGAGAUGCACAUAAAGGGAAGUGACGACGGCGGUGGGUGAUGGUGAUAGAACAUGGGAGAGGGACAUGUGGCCAACAGGUACGCAGCCACGCGCCAUUCUCGGAGGUGCUUGUGGCCACCUAGUUGUCAGGCCAUACGCUCUCCAUCCCUCGAGUGUAAUAAGUCAGGUUGUUACAGAUGGCACAUCAUGUAAAGGCAAGGGAAAAUGGAGGGGGUUCUUUUCCGGAGUAAAUGGAGGGAGGGAGAUCAUCAUAUUAGCAUCAUAAACGCCUUCCCGCCACAUUGGAUGAGCAUGGACAUUGGCAGAGGUAUGAACAAACGGGCGGCCCGGAUCUAGUGUUUUUUCUUCUCUCUCUAGACUAAAACAAUCAAUGCAUAUUUUCCUCUGGCUGCUGCGUCACUAUCGGCAAGAGUGAUGUUGCAUUUCAGAUGUAGGCAUCAUAC